AAACGAUAUAUGUAACACCAUAGAAUUUGGGAAACCGUACUUAUAUGCUGAUGAUCUCAAAAUAGUAUACAGCUAUAAGCCUGAGACACUAAGCGAAAGUGUAUCCCAGAUCCAAAAGGACCUCAAUAACUUAACUAUAUGGAGUGAAAAUGGCAAUUACCAUUUAACCUCAACAAGUGCGGGAUCAUGCACUUUGGAAAGCAUCCCUAUAAACCGCGACUUCACUUAAAUGAAUGUAUAGUCCAAACACUCGAAUCAGUACACGAUUUAGGAAUUAAUUACACAGGAAGCCUAAACUUUGAAGAACAUGCCUCCUCUAUUAUUUCUAAAUCUAGACGGCUAAUUGGCUUUAUAAUGAAAAACUUUUUCACAACAAAGGGUAAACUUACUCUCUACAAAAUAUGUGUACGACCCACCCUUGAAUACUGCUCUUUUGUCUUCUCUAAUAUGAAUAUCGCAGACAAGAUAAGAGUAGAAGAUGUUCAAAGACGUUUCGCACGUCAACUACUAGGAUGUAACUCGAAUCUCGAUUACACAGACAGAUGUAAGCAUCUAUCUUUAGAACCUUUAUGGCACCGUAGGCUAAAACACAAUUUAAUAUUUCUCUACAAAGCGAUAUAUGGGCUCUCCUUUCUAACCUCCUGCCCGACUAUCACCCACGACCCAGCCUAUAGACUUAGAAACAACGCAUAUACACUACUUACCGUAAAACACCAAAAACAAAUGCGUUGUAAGUUCUUUACAGUACGGUACAGUUUAUUGUGGAACAGGCUGCCAAUGCCUAUCCGUAACUGUGAUACGUUUACCAGAUUCAAAAAGCUAAUAACCCUAUUUCUAGACUCCAAAGAGCUUCAACAUUACCUUGAACUCCCGCCCACCGAUGAGGCACUUUAUUAUGGACCGCCUAGUAUCUAGAAAGAACAAAAUUCUAACAAGUUCGACUGUUACUAAUAUGAAUAUAACCAAAUCACAGGAUAUAUGGCUUAUCCUUUCCUAUUAUUUCCUAUUCAUUAUUCAUGACUUCAUGCUCCUAACCCUAGCUUUCAGUCCCCAAAUCUCUACAGGUUAAAUGUACAUUAUUCUUCCUAAAAGUCAUGCUUUUUUUUUCUACUGCAAGUAGACAGACAGCUCAAUCUUAUGGAUGCUGAUCUACUAAGGUCGAUCAUUCAAAGCUCAAAAUUUGGCCACAAAGUCUUGUGAGUUUCUCAAUGUCUUAUUUUUUUACCCUAAAGUCUUUUUCUUUUUUUCUACAAUUUUAUACCCUCUCAUAUCUUUUGAUUUACUAUUAAUCCUUACUUCUUUAAACCAUUAGUUAUUUUCAUAGCAGUGUGAUAUACUAUAUGGACGUCUAACCCAUAAAACAGAAUUUUUAAAUAUCUGAUUUGCUUGUAACAUGGACCUAGUAGAGACAGUGUAUUCCAACUAUGUACUUUGAUUAAAGCAUUAAUCAUACUUACCACAAACGUAGGAGAGCCUAACAUCACAAAAGGAGGGAGGGUGGCGUUACUGACCAGCAAACAUGAAGGUGGGGAGAUAACUUCAAUCCACCCAUGUCUGUAGGGCAGAACAUUUUGUUUAAUUACGGCUCCUUAUGGUUUAGUGGGAUGUCACGGACUUAAGGUAUUGAAGCUGAUUUAUCACGCAAAAUACCUCUUUAAAUCGUGUUACGAACGUUAAAUUGGUUUCACUUCCUACUCAGAAAUCCUAUUACAAGCAAACUAGACAAUUCGCUAAUAUACGAAGCCUACUCAAGACCCUAUAAAACCUUAAAAAAAACGAAAGGGGCUCUAAUAGCUUCGAUAAUAAAAGGAAGAUAGCCAGUUGUAUAUCACAAUACUGUUUCUAGCACUAUAUUUUAUUUUAUAAUCACACAUAAUCUUAUACUCUCAGCUCUUUCCGAAUCGCCUCCAUUUGUCAGUUGUAUGUCCACUCACACCUUGCUAAAGCUUAUUUUCUUUAACCUAUUAAAAUGCUCUUUCUUAACAAAUACCUUAAUAAAAGAAAAUUAGACUGAGUAAUCAUACCUUAAACAUUCCUACAUGAAUAUUGGCUACUCUGCCUCUCGUGUUUUCUCUUACUUCCUCCCUCUUUCAGCUCCCUUGAGAUAUGGAACAGGUUACUUCAUCCUGCACCAUCCUUAAAGCCUUGGAUAUCCCAAAGGGACAUAAGGUUGCGAUUUCUAGAAGCUCAUACCUUCAAUGGACCUAUUCUUGAUCGUCAGUCGCACAUUCGCAACGCAACUCUCGUGAAGCGCGCCAACUAUAGUACUGAUUAAAACAAUCUACAUUCAUGUCUUAUAAAUUUUCAACCCAGCUAUGUAAUUUAAUACAGUGUAUAUUGUAUCAUUUGUAUCAAUUUGAUCUUGCCUGUAAACUGGCAUGCCUCAUGUAACAAACUGUUAUUUGAGAAUAAAUUAUUAUUAUUAUUAUAAGUAAAGGUCUCGAAGCCCGAUUGUGGAGCGCUACGUUUCCUUUGGUGGCCGAAGGGUGAUAUCGAGAAGGAACCGGUGGAGUAUCAGAUGACAUCACAUCCCUUCGGGGCAAUAUCCUCACCCUUCUGUGCAAACUUUGCAUUGAUGAAGACGGCUCAAAGGUUCUCUAGUGACUAUGAUAACAGCGUAGGGGAAUCGGUACUGAACAACUUUUAUGUGGAUGAUUGCCUAGUAUCCUUUCCCAAUGAUGAAGAGGCGAAAAGUUUUGUGGUACAACUAAAUGAAUUGAUGGCUCGAGGAGGUUUCAAGUUGAAAAAAUGGGUGACUAACUCGGAAAUUGUAAGGAAAGUUUUUCCGCAAUCUAAUAGUAUGGAAGCUAUUGUUGAUAUGUCUCUGAAUCAAGGGCGGACACAUCGAGCCCUCGGGAUUGAAUGGGACACCACACACGAUGUUUUUAAUUUUCGUUUUGAUCCAGGAGAAAAAACUCCGACUAGGAGAGGAAUAAUAUCCACCAUUUCAUCUCUUUUCGAUCCACUGGGACUGAUAGCUCCAAUAUACCUUCCUGCCAAACAACUCUUACAGAAUCUUUGUAAAACGCGUAUCGGUUGGGACCAGCCUCCGAGUGAUAGUGUUAUGUCCUCGUGGAACGAAUGGGUCACGUUUGUGCGGAGGCACCAUCUGUAAACUAAUGAUCGUAGAAUGAAUAAAAUGGGAACAUUUCCUUCAGUUAAUUAUAAAACUAAAGAAAAUAGAUUUUACAAAACUGUGUAACUCGAAAACCAACCAGAGAGUCGUACAAUACACUAAUUUAAAUUUAUUAGGUUACAGAUACAUGUAUCAUCUGUGUAAAAAAACUUUGGUGUGAACCAAUAACAUCAGUCAAUCAGUCAGUCAGUCGGCUACAACGUAGGACCAGGCACAUAUAUGCAUCAAUCCAAGUUGCCAUACCGCAUUAGCACAGCAAGAUGAACACCGGAUUCAUAGGAGUAGUUAAGUCAAUAGUGGCAAUAUAUGAAAGAUUGCAUAUAAGGAUAUAGUACAGGAAGAAAGAUUUAGUACACAGAAAGGAAGAUAUGAAGCGAUUUUAAUCUCUUAGUUUAAGGGAAGACAGACAGUGUAUACACCGACGCCACUGUGAUCGAUUCUGAGCCAUCUCACCAAGAGUCUACAACCAUUGGUUACGAUAGUCACGUGGACCCUAACUGAGUAGUCUGCAUCUACCAACAUGGCUCAGACCAGAUGUUAGUGUCUUCAAGCACUAAUGCCACGUUUUGGUUUGGCCACCCCUAACUUUCUUCCAACCAUCCCCAACACCCGUUAGCAUUGCACGUCGUGGUAAUCGGUGUUCAGGCACACUCAACACGUAGCCCAACCAUCUCAGUCGAUGAAGACUCACAACCUCAUCAACUGAUUUACCAUACCCUAUCUAACCUCACUGUUACUUACCCGGUGAUACCAGCAGAUGCAAGCAAUAUUUCUAAGACAUCUGUUUACUUAUUUAUUUAUUUAAACAUAUAAACAUUAGUACAAGGAGGCACCAAGUAGAUAUGCGUCAUAAUGUCACACCAACAUCAAUGGUGGUCGGCGAAAAGUUUCACAACAGCGAUCAUAAAAUAAUCCUCUGCACCAUUCCGAUUCUUGCCAUAUGCAACAAAUUAAAGACAUUAAACACGCGAUUCCAAUAUAGAGACUAUGCAAACGCUGACUGCGAAAACUUUCGAUUUCUAAUAAAGCACUCUGACUGGGGCAGUUUCUUUACCAGUAAUAACCUCUUAGAAACAUUAGAAAUAUUCAAUAUCACCACCAAAUCUGC